CAGACGUAGCGAGCCUUACUUCCAGUUUGUUAUGCUUCAUGCGCAUGGUAAUUACUUUCUAUAAUGCCGCCCGUGAAUAAAUCGAUGAGAUUUGGCUGAAUCAGCCGGCUGGCCAAUAGCCGUUGGAAUGAUUCUUCCCGUGUGACUUCGUUGCAUUAUUACAAAAUGUGGCUGGAUAGACCUGCCCGGCCAUGACUGCUGAUGCUCACUUGCGACGCUGCCUUAGGGAGAUGAGGAGAUGAGAGCAAACUGUUCCAGCAGCUCAGCCUGCCCUGCCAACACUUCGGAGGAGGAGCUGCCAGGGGACCCGCAGGCUCAGGGGAGCCUCGAACUUGUUUUCACGGCGGUGUCCGCCCUGAUGAUGGCCCUGCUCAUGUUCUCUCUGGGCUGCUCCGUGGAGGUCCGGAAGCUGUGGCUGCACAUCAGGAGGCCCUGGGGCAUCGCCGCGGGGCUGCUCUGCCAGUUUGGGCUCAUGCCUCUCACGGCCUAUCUCCUGGCCAUCAGCUUCGCCCUGAGGCCAGUGCAGGCCGUCGCUGUUCUCAUCAUGGGCUGCUGCCCCGGGGGGACCAUCUCCAACAUUUUCACCUUCUGGGUCGAUGGCGAUAUGGAUCUCAGCAUCAGUAUGACAACCUGUUCCACGGUGGCUGCCCUGGGAAUGAUGCCACUCUGCCUUUACCUCUACACCCGGUCCUGGAAUCUGCAGCGGAGCCUCACCAUUCCGUAUCAGAACAUCGGAAUUACCCUUGUGUGCCUGACCAUUCCUGUGGCCUUCGGCGUCUACGUGAAUUACAGGUGGCCCAAGCAGUCCAAAAUCAUUCUGAAGAUUGGCGCCAUGGCUGGGGGCGUCCUCCUGGCGGUGGUCGCCGUCGCCGGUGCGGUGCUGGCAAAGGGGUCCUGGAACUCGGAUGUCACCCUUCUGACCAUCAGCUGCGUCUUCCCCCUGAUCGGCCACGUCACGGGCUUUCUGCUGGCACUCUGUACCCACCAGUCUUGGCAAAGGUGCAGGACGAUUUCCUUAGAAACCGGGGCUCAGAAUAUCCAGAUGUGCGUCACCAUGCUCCAGCUGUCUUUCGGCGUGGAGCACUUGGUCCAGAUGUACAGCUUCCCGCUGGCCUACGGACUCUUCCAGCUGCUGGACGGGUUCCUCAUUGUCGCAGCAUAUCAGACAUACAAGAGGAGGCUGAAGAAUAAACACAGGAAAAAGAACCCAGACUGUGCAGAAGUUUGCCACGAGCAGAAAUCCGCUUCUUGCAAAGAGACCGACUCUUUCUUGGAGGUGAACGAAGGUGCCGGAGCUCCGGGGCCAUCGGGGCCAGCGGAUUGCCACAGGGCUCUCGAGCCAACUAGCCACCUCGCUUCGUGUGAGUAGUGGGGACUGGCGGAGAGACCCCCGCAGCGGCCAGUACGGACAGCACGGAGCUGAUGCAUGGAUCUCCUUGGUAGGGCCCGGGUGCAUCAGUGUCAAAUGUUAGAAUACUCACGUCGUGGUGUGGAUCGUGAAUUGUGAUAGGAUCACUGUGUGAGAAUAUUCUGCACCCCUUUCAGGGAGUUCUUUGGGGGGUUUACGCAGCGUACUUACCAGCUGCCUUGUGUGUUCUUGUCUUCCCACGCCGCGAAUGGUACCUGAUUCUUGACUUUGGGGAGGCCCUUUGCAACGCUGGGGAGGAAGCACACAGCUCUACGGGCUUGAAAAUCUUUUCUUGAUUGUAGGUGUAAUACAGGCUUAGAGGCAAUUUAAAGAACACAUGAGGUUAAAAGCUGAAGGCUCUGUAUUUUCACUCCUUAGAGAAAAACACAUGCGUAUCCUUCUAAGCUAUGUAUAUACAUUGUAUCAUUUAAAAACACUGAGAUCAUUCUAUUAAUAUAUAUUAGUGUUUGUAAGUCACCUGAUGACAAAUUAGGGAACAUCUUUACUUGUCUGUUGACCUACCUCAUUCUUUAGAAUAGUGGCUACAUAGAAGUAUUCCACUGCACGGAAGGACUGUAAUUUAUUGAACCUAUCCUCAUUAAUGCACAUUUAGAUAGCUUUCGACUUAAUGGUGUUUCAGUGCUGCUACACACACUCUCAGCCUUGUGCAGGUAUUCCUGCAGCUCACUCCCUACAGCCUGCACGGCCAGGCCAGUGGCUCAUUGAAAAGUUGGACAAAUUGCGUCUGGCCAUGUUGCACUGCACCGCCCGAGAGGGCCUGGUUUCCCACAGUCGCACCAGGCUAAGGAAUGAUCAGUUUUGAUUUGUUAAAUCAUCUUAUUUAAACUUACAUUUAAGAACUUAUGAUUGGGUCAGGUACAGUGGCUCAUGUCUGUAAUCCUAGCACUCUGCGAGGCCAAGGCAGGAGGAUCAC